AUGGAAGAAGUCGAUGAAACUGACGCCGAGUCGCAGGUGUAUAUGGCAUGCAUCAUGUGUGGCCGAAGAGUUGGAAUCUCUUAUUAUGAUUCCAGUAUUUGCCAGCUCCAUGUUCUGGAACUAUGGGAAGAUGGCAAUGAAGAUUUUCCAUUGGUUGAAAUGGUUGAUGCUGUUGCCCACGAGGCAUUACAAAUAUUCCAAACUGACAAGCAUCCAAGUCAUAUGGGUAUUGGUAGGGCAAAAGAAGGGUUCUCGGUAUAUGGGAUGAUGAAUAAGUGUGUAACACCAAUGGGAAGGCGUCUAUUACGGAACUGGUUCCUGAGGCCUAUACUGGACCUUGAGAAGUUGAACAUUUGUCUUGAUACUAGCAUAUGUUCAUUGCUACACAUCGACAAGAUACUUGAAGUGGGCAUUGUUGGGACUUUUCAAGAGCAGUUGACACAUUUAAACCUGGAUAUCAUUGAGCAGGCUCAUCUUUACUUAUCUACAGAUUUGGCCUAUGUAUAUGAGCUGAUCAAUGGCAUUAUAGAUGUAAACCGAAGUAAAGAUAAGGGUUACGAGACAAUAGUAAAAGAUGGCUUUUGUGGGGAGUUGGACGAGCUGAGGCAAAUAUACGAAGAAUUACCUGAGUUUCUGGAAGAGGUGUCAUCCCUUGAACUUGCGCAGUUACCGCAUGUGUCUCGGGAGAAAUUCAUCCCUAGCAUUGUUUAUAUACAUCAGAUAGAGAAACUUCAGGACUUUGAAUUUGCUUUUGCUGAUGAAGAUAAAGACUCCAAGAAAUUUUUCUAUCGCACUGACAAGACACGGGAGCUGGAUAACCUUCUCGGAGAUAUAUAUCACAAAAUUUUGGACAUGGAGAGGGAAAUUACCAGAGACCUUGUCAUUCAUAUUCUUGAAUACUCCGAUCCAUUGCUGAAAGCUGUUACUUUUGCCGCUGAGCUUGAUUGCUUUCUGUCAUUAGCACUAAUCGCUCGUCAAAACAACUAUACGAGACCUGUUUUGACUUCAGAAAGCAUCAUUGAUAUAAGGAAUGGAAGACAUGUUUUGCAGGAAAUGACAGUUGAUACCUUUAUCCCUAACGAUACAAAGAUUCUGGAUGAAGGAAGAAUUCAUAUUAUCACUGGACCUAACUAUUCAGGAAAAAGUAUCUACAUUAAGCAGGUUGCCUUGAUUGUUUUCCUCUCCCACAUUGGAAGUUUUGUACCAGCUGAUUCAGCCACCGUGGGUUUGACUGAUAGGAUAUUUUGUGCUACUGGAAGCAAGUUUAUGACGGCUGAGCAAUCAACAUUUAUGAUUGACCUCCAACAAGUGGGCUUGAUGUUGAGACAUGCAGGUUUUCAGUCUUUAUGUCUGAUGGAUGAAUUUGGGAAAGGAACUCUCUCUGAAGAUGGUAUUGGUCUUCUUGGUGGAACCAUUAAUCAUUUUGCUUCGUGCGAUAAUCCCCCGAAGGUUUUGCUGUCAACACACUUGAGUGAAAUAUUCGAAAAUGGGUAUUUGCUGGAGUCAAGCAAGAUCAACUAUUACACCAUGAGCGUGUUAAGCCCAGACGACAAUGGCACAGAUGUUGAAUAUAUUGUAUUUUUAUACAGUUUUCGGAUGUUAAAAUUUUACCCAGGAGUUCCCGAGGAAGUUAUUAAGAGAGCAGCAUAUGUACUUCUUGCCAAUGGAGAUGACAAGAAUGUCGAGAGACUUCUGCAUGAGAAUAUAUCGACACAGGAUCAGCAGUAUAAGGAGGCUGCGGAGAAGAUAUUGGCUUUUGAUACUUUAAACGGUGACCUGAAUCUCUUCUUUGAAAGUAACUUUCCUUCUCAGCAUUAG